AUGGUGAAUAUGUAUCACAUUGCUGAACGUUUCAAAGAGGACAUGAGGAGAAACCCACGACUAAGAGCUGUUGAUAUAAGAGUGGGGUUGUUAGAUAGAUAUGGAUUGAUAAUGUCGAAGAGCAAAUGCUCUAAAGCUCGGCGUGUUGCGUCAAAAAUGGUUACGGAAGAACAAAAGGUACAAUUUGCGAAGUUAUGGGAUUACGAAGCUGAGCUUCGGAGGUCAAACCCAAACAUAACCACUGAAAUCGGGUUAAAGACAGAAGAAGGUGAAGAAGUCUUUGAUCGGUUUUAUACAUGUUUCCAUGUAUUACGUGAUUCGUGGAAAAAAUGUUGUCGACCUAUCAUUGGAUUGGAUGGCUGCUUUCUGAAAUGGGAGUUGAAAGGAGAACUUCUAGCAGCCGUUGGAAGGGAUGCUAAUAACGGUAUCUAUCCCAUUGCUUGGGCAGUUGUGCGUAUAGAGAGCAUUGAGACUUGGUUGUGGUUUAUUCAGAAACUGAAAUCUGAUUUAGCACUCGGUGAAGGAGAGAAAUUAACAAUAACUUCAGAUAAGCAGAAGGGCUUGUUGAAUGCUGUGGAACGUGAGUUGCCAUUUGCCGAACAUCGAAUGUGUACUCGUCACGUUUAUGCGAACUGGAGAAAAAACUUUAAGGAUUCUGCGUAUAAACGUAUCUUUUGGAACAUUGCUGCAAGUUACCACCAAGCUCAUUAUGACGCAUAUCUUGAAGAAAUGAAACAGAUCAAUGAACAAGCAUAUGAAGCUGUUUUACAUGCAGAACCGCACCAAUGGGCUCGACCCUUCUUCAAGUCUGACUCGCACUGUGAAGACGUAGUCAACAAUCUAUCUGAGAGUUUCAACAUGACUAUCAAGGAUGCACGUUUGAGGCCGAUGAUAGAUAUGCUGGAGAUGAUUCGCAAACAAAUAAUGCAUCGCAAUGCGAAACGGUCAAGAUAUGCAACUAGAUGCAUAACUGAGUUCACUCGUCAUUGUAUGAAGAAAUUAGAACAAUCCCGUCAGAAAACAAGGUUUUGUACUAGUAUACCAAGUGCACGUCGACAAUAUGAAGUGGAAGAGUUCGGCAUGAGUUUUUCGGUUGAUCUUUCUGGAAAGCGUUGUGCUUGUCGGGAAUGGGAUCUGAGGGGGAUUCCUUGUCAACAUGCGUUGUGCAUCAUAAACGAGAAGCAAGAAGAUGUUUCAAAGUACAUAUCCGAGUACUAUAUGACGUCGAAAUGGGUUCAAACAUAUGAACAUAACAUCAACCCUGUGAAUGGACAAACACUUUGGGAGAAAACAAAUAAGCCUCCGAUUGGUGUACCACUUAAGAGGACUAUGCCAGUUUAUGUAAACAACAGGGACAUAAUGCAAGGGGGUGCAAGAAUGAACCAAUUACUUUCUUCGGUUGUAAAAGAGGACGAGGUCGACCGAGAAAGGUGCAAGGAGAAUCAAGCAGGCAACCCAAUCCUCCUCAACCACAACCGUCUGGUGAAGGUUCCUCUCAUCCUUCUCAGUCGAGCCAAUCAAACCAGACAGUGCAAUCAACAAUCCCUCUUCCUCGUAGAAUUCGCCGGGUUGUUACUUCAGUUAGACAAUUUCAAGUUCCAAGACAACUUUAGACAGACAACCAAGAUCCUCAUCUCAACAACACAUCAUGAGGAUCUUGUUAGGUUAAACCUUUGUUUUUUUGUUGUUAGUGGUUGA